UUUUAAUUGACAAAGUCAAAAAUUGUUCCUUAAAAUGGAAGAAAAGAUGACAGAACAAGCUGAAUCCACUAAAUCAAGAUUAUCUCGAGGCGAAAGAAGACUGUUGCUGCUCCGUUAUACAUCUUUAUUAUUUCAAAUCCAAAAAGCUGAGAAUAAUACUGCCAUGGAGAUCCAACGAAUUAUGGUCCACUACAAUGUAAUCAGACGUAAAUUUGAUGAAUUGAACGUUUCAAGUGAUGAAUUGGUUGACUUACUUUUUGAGCAGUUUGUGAGAGAUCGCAUGAAUGAAGAGACAAAUCGUGCUUGGGAUCGUUAUGUUUAUGAUGGUGCUGAUUCAACAUGGGAAGAAAUGUGCUCAUUUAUGGAUGAACGAACUAAAACUUUGUACAAGACUCAGAAUUUCGGAAGCAAAUAAAGAAGUUUAAAUGAUU